UCCUCUCUCUCUCUCUCUCCACCCAUCCAGAUGUAAAGUCUCUCUUCUGUAAAGUCGGGGUUAUCCCUCUCUGUGGCACUUUUAAAGAAAGCUUUAGCCUGUAGUGGGAGAUCAGGCGAAGCAAACAUGGGGAAAGUGAACGUGUGUUUGAAGCGGAGUUACUUCAUCGUGGUCGGCUUGAUCGCGAUCAUCGCUAUUCUGCUGUUAGGACUCACUCUGUUCAGCCAUGGACACUUCCACCAAGAGGACGAGAUAGAGAAAGUGCUCACAACCCUACAUGCCAUGUAUGCCAUUGCCGUUAUAAUUCUGGUCUUGGCCUUCACUGGUGCGUUUGGUGCCUACAAAGAGAAGAAGUGGGCACUCAUAGUGUUUACAGUUGGAAUGAUUAUGACCACCCUGUUCAUGACUGCGUGUAACAUUGCUGGACUGGUUUCGAAACCACACUUAGAGAAAGGCAUACAGAAGACGUACCUGUCUUUGCUGCCGCUGGCUAAUCGUAGUGACAGUGUUACGGAAAGCCUGAUGGAAAUACAGGGAGAAUUUCAGUGCUGUGGACUGGAUAAGGGUUACCAGGACUGGAACAACCAUAUCCCAGAAUCCUGCCUGUGCGUCGAAGACUCCGUUAAUCCAUGUGUGGCGGCUCCACGGGACAGCAGCCUGUUUGAGGACAGGGUGGGUGAAGGGCCCAUCAUGAUUUAUGCUGAGCCGUGUAUUCCAUUCAUCGUUGAGACUGCUGUGGGCGCCUUGAAUGCUGUGCUGGGUAUUCUUCUGGGAGUCACAUUAUUGUGGGUGUUGUCGGUCGUGUUGUGCGUCGUCAUCUUGUGUCGGCUUGAUCGGAAAGACGAAAUCCCUGCAGUGGUUUACAGUUCGGAGGCGAAAGCGGGCAACUACACCACCCUCACAGAGGAAUACACCUGAUUUCUUUGCCUUUUUUUUUCGGCUGCAUGUCAGCAGAUUUAGAUAAGUAAAACUUUGGGAUCAAUGGGAUUAACACAAAAGAAAUGGAUUUAAGAUGCUUGAAUGUAUCGCAUCCAACAAGUGAAGCUGCAUUAAAAACAUGAGGUAGCAUUUUUUUUGGCCCUUUGAACCAGCAAUUGUGUAAAUUCUUUGGUCACACAUGAAGAAACAUGUAACAUUACGCCAGAAACAGACGGAAUUCCCUUUAAUUGUUAUAAUCACACACGUUUCAUCUUUUAAUACAAUUUGGACUCUGCAGUGGCACUUUCACCCCGGAGCGGAUUUGUAAUGCAGCACCUUUUGAUCCGAGAUGUCAGGAAGUUGAAGCGAAUCAUUAAAAGAUGAUGUGGUUUCCAAAGAAAGCACUGAUGAAGUUUGUUUGGGAGCUUUAAUAAGAACGUCUGUAUUUUGUGGUUUUGUAGCUUUUUUCUGUCAAAUUUUAUGGAAACUUUUUCUUUCUACAUUUUUCUAACUUUUACAAUGACAUUUUUUUAUAUUUUUAAUACUUUCACCAUCUAAUGGGCCAUCACUGCUACACGUUGGUGCUCCGCUUCUGUAUUGGUGACGACCGAGAUGACGCACCGAAUGAAGGCAAAUAAAAAUAUUCUUCUUUGACUCUUGCUCCUCUCAUCCAUUUAUCCAAUGUGUAAAUGAAAAGAAAGAACAUGUAAGGAUUAAAAUGAGGUAAAAAAUUAAGUUAUUUUCUCAAACCAGCACAUAAAAACAUAUUUUAUAAAACUGAAAAAAUGUAGAUGAAAGUCCUACAUAUAGGUUCAAGUACUUGUUCACUUGAAAUGUUAAGAUGCUACCUACAAUAGCUUGCAGUGAUGGAAAGAAACUACAGUUUUGAGCUUUUUCUGCUUUUUAUUUUUUUUGUUUAAUCACAAGUAUUUAGAAGUAGUUGGUACAUUUCAAGAGGAAAUUUAACUUUUAUAAUAGAUUUGUUUAUGUAGACAAUAGAAAAAUUAAAUAGGAAUAAAUUAGAAAAGGAAUUCUAUUUAUCCAAUACCUGUAAUUACCUGUAAUUUAAUCAGUUUUACCAGCUCACCUUUCAAGUCUGUUCGUUUUUCUUGUGUGUGUUUUUAUAUUUUGAGUGUUUGCCUGUACUUUUCAUACAUGCUGUUUUUUUCUUUAUGUAAAAGAACUUUGCGAAUUGUGUUCUUAAAAAGUGCUAUACAAAUAAAGUUUAUUAUUAUUA